AUGGCGAGAGUUAAAUUUGGUGCUUUUGUAGCGCCUCAUCAUCCCAUCGGGGAACAUCCAACACUGCAGCUGCAGCGCGAUCUGGAGCUGGCAGCACACCUGGAUAAGCUCGGGUACGAUGAAUUCUGGUGCGGUGAGCACCAUUCUACCGGCUGGGAAGUGAUUGCCAGCCCGGAGCUGUUCCUGGCUGCGGCUGGCGAGCGCACCCACAACAUCAAGCUCGGCACCGGCGUGAUUUCGCUGCCGUAUCACCACCCGUUUAACGUGGCGCAACGCCUGGUGCAGCUGGAUCACAUGACCCGCGGUCGUCUGAUCUUCGGUUCCGGCCCCGGCGCGUUACCGUCAGAUGCUUACACGCUGGGUAUCGAUCCCAUGGUUCAGCGCGACCGUCAGGAUGAGGCCAUUGGCGUGAUUCGCAAACUUCUGCGUGGUGACGACCGUUUCACCCAUGAAAGCGACUGGUUCACCUUAAAAGAUGCCAAGCUGCAGCUGCUGCCAUUGCAGGAAGAUCUGCCUUUUGCGGUGGCGUCCAUGAUCAGCCCCUCCGGCAUGACUCUGGCUGGCAAACAUGGCACCGGGGUGUUGUCCAUUGGCUCUAUGAGCUCCGCCGGUUUACAGGCGCUGCCUACACAAUGGUCUUUUGCGGAAACCGCGGCUGCCGAGCACGGUAAUGUGGUGAAUCGGGAUAACUGGCGUGUGGUCAUGUCCUGGCACAUUGCGGAGACCAGAGAGCAAGCCAAGGCAGAAGCCAAAAACGGUCUGUAUCGAUGGCACAAUGAAUACACCGUAGGCACCUUGAUGCGCCCCGGCGCACAACCCUACAGUUCACCAGACGAAGCGGUGUCUGAUGAAGUGCUUGCAGCUGGCGGCGGGCUGAUCGGCACGCCGGACGACAUGAUCAAAGCGGUGAAAGAUAUGCUGGAGCUGACCGGCGGCUUUGGCACCGUGAUCGGAUUUGCCCACGACUGGGCCAACCGUGAAGCCACCCUGCGCAGCUGGGACAUGGUGGCCCGUUACGUGAUUCCGGAAGUGAACGGUAUGCUGGAUAACUAUCGCGAAUCGCAGCAGUACGUGAUUAACAACCGCGAAGUGUUUGAUCGAGCAGGUGAGGCGGUGAUGGCGAAAAUCAUGUCUAACGAGCAGGCUGUGGCGGCGAUGAAACAGGAAGCGGACGGCCAGGCGGCGAUGCCUGCGCACCACGCACCGGAUCUGUCUGAUAAAAGCAGCAGCGGCGGUUAG